AUGGCCCGCCGCGCUGCCAGCACUCGGGAUAUCCCGGACGACGACGACUCGCAGAAAGAGAACGCGCCAGGAUCGUCGCCGCCGGUAUCACGGUCGAAUAAAGGAAAAGAGCCGAUCCGUCGUCACGAGGAGCAGAGCGAUAGGGACGGCAGUGGCGAAGAGGAGGAUGCAGGAUCUCCCAAGGGAAGGAAACGCGCGAGGGUGAACGAGGAGGGCGACGCGAUGCCGGUCAAGGCGGAGAAGACCGCGUUCAAGGCGAAGCCCAAAGUGCUCCUCCGCGACAAGGACCAAUAUGUUAUGGGAUCGAUUGUACGCGUAAAGCUGCACAACUUUGUAACCUACGACGACGCCGAGUUCCGUCCUGGCCCGCACCUCAACAUGAUUAUCGGUCCGAAUGGAACUGGCAAAAGUAGUAUCGCCUGCGCUAUAGCUCUUGGUCUUAACUAUCCUCCGAGCAUUCUUGGUCGCUCUACCGAGCUCAACUCGUUCGUCAAGAUGGGAACCACAGACGGUUUCAUCGAGAUUGAGCUGAAGGGCAAACCCGGCAAACCGAAUGUGACCAUCUGCCGCAAGCUCUCCGCCAAAUCCAAGUCCUCUACGUUUACCCUUGACAGCGAAUCCGCGACAGGUCGCGAGAUUAACGCCAAGAUGGCUGAGCUUAGUAUCCAGGUCGACAGUCUCUGCUCCUUCUUGCCGCAGGACCGCGUGUCAGAGUUUGCGCACAUGACGCCGCAAGCUCUGCUUCGCGAAACCGAACGCGCCGCUGGGGAUGACCGCCUGACUUCGUGGCACGAUACCCUUAUCAACGCCGGUAAGGAGCGCAAAGAGCUCACCGAGCUGCUUGCCGGCGACCAGAAGCAGCUCGACACGCUUCAGGAGCGUAACGCCACGCUUGAGCGCGACGUUCAGCGCUUCAAGGAGCGCAAGGAGAUUGAGGAGGCCAUCGCACUUCUAGAGCUCAUCAUACCGUUUAUGGAGUACAUGGAAGCUCGCCAGCGCUACACGAACGCGAAGGCGGAGCAGCGGCGCCUCCACUUGGAGGUUGUGCAAAUUAAAGAACGCAACAAGCCGAUGCUCGACCUCAAGAAGAAACUCGAGAACGACAUGAAGCGUAUCAGUCAGAAACGCGACGACAAGAAGAAGGCGGCCCAGGCCAAGUUCAAGACGAUCAACAGCAAGAAGAAGGACAACGAAGAUCUGGAGAACCGCGCGGAAGAUAUCCAGAAUGCUCUAUCCAACCUCAAGAGGCAGGAGAAGAAACGUCUCCAAGAUAUCGCCACCCUCGAGAAGGAGAUCAAGAAGCUCGGCGAGAACUUGGAAAGCGCUUCGCAGGUCAAGCUCGAGAAGGCCGACGACAUUCAGGAGGAAAUUAGAGCGCUGAACGCCGAAAACAACAAGAACCGUCACAAGUUCGACAGCCUCGAAGAACGUCAGCACGCGAACGUCACCAACACCUCCUUCGCAAAGAACGAGAUGAACCAGGCCGAGCUGGCCCUGCGAAGCCUCGACAACGUCGCCAACCAGAAGCUCAACCAGUUCAGGCAGGCCGACAGCGUUGGCGCAGAGGUUGUUGUGUGGCUCCGGAAUAAUCAGCACCGGUUCCGUCAGCCCAUCAUCGAGCCGCCGAUGCUCAGUGCUACGAUCCCAAACCGCGCGGCAGUGGACGCUGUCGAGGCGUGUUUCAGUUUUUCACAGCUGAAGACCUUCGUCGCGCAGAACGAGGACGAUUAUCAGCUGCUCAAUAGGCUCGUGAACGACACCACCGAGGCGCUCGGAAAGAAGGUCCGAAUUCCGACCUGGUAUCGUCCUUGGCGCGAAGGCGCGGCUGGCCCGUCGCCGCUUAGUGAGGAGGAGAUGAGGACCACGGGCUUUGAUGGAUACGCCAUCGACUUUGUCGACUGCCCUGAGGGGCUCAGGCCAUUCCUCAUGCUGGAGGUUCGCCUUCACCGCACGGCCAUCGCUCUGAACGAGCGCCGCGUCGACGGGAACCGCGCCAUGGAAUUGAUCAGCCGGGAGGGAAACGCGAACUUCAUCGUCGGCAGGGUGAUGAAUCAAGUCACCCGCUCCGCUUAUGGUCGCCGUCUUGCGCAGAACAUGACGCGCGAGAUUGGUAGGGCGAAGAACUUCGUCGGGCUCACUGUUGACCCUGCACGCCGCGUCGAGCUUCAGGAGGCCAUCGCCGAGGCCGCUACACGGCUUGAACAGUGCGAGCAGGAGGCCGCAGCGCUAGCGGAUGAGGAUCGCGAGAUCAGGAGGCUGAAGGCCGCGCAUGCAGAGAAGCAUGCCGCUCUUCUAGCGCGCCGUCAGAAGAUCGUCGACCAUACGAAGAAGAUCUCGGGCAUGAAGGCAAGGCUGACGUCGAACGAGGAGAGGCUUAAGAGGCUUCAAAACGCUCCGCCGCCGGACGUCGAGCGCAACAAGCUCAAGAAUCAACUCGCCGAGAUAACUAAGCGCCGUAUCGCUCUUGCGAGGUCGAUGACUGAACUCAUCAAGGAGACUAUCACGUACCAGAAGGAGGCCACGAAGUACGGCCUCGAGUACAUUCAGAUUAGCAGCAACAAGGCUGCGCUCGAGACGCUUAUUCAGGAACGCGACGGCACCUUGAACGAUACCAUCCAAGAGUACAACCGCGCGAACCAAGAGUAUCAACUUGCGAAGGAGGACUCGAAGGAUAAGUUGCACAUCAGCAAGGAGAAACUGAACGACUCCCCGGACAGCGUACGCGAGGCGUUCCAGAAGAUGGAGGAGGACGGUACUUCCACCAACCGCGACGUCGCUGACUUGAGCAACGAGCUUGAGGAGCAGAGGCAGAAGCUCGAACUCUGCUUCCAGACGAACCCGGGCGUCAUCGAGCAGUACGAGCGCCGAAAGGCGGAGAUCGAGACGCUCUCGCAGAAGCUCGCAGAUCGUCAGCGCAAGGCGGACAAGAUCGACCGGCAGAUCAAGGUUGCUCGCGAUAACUGGCAGCCCGCGCUCGAGAGCCUGGUUCGCUCCAUUGGCAAGAAGUUCUCUGCGGCGUUCGACCGUAUCGGGUGCGCUGGCGAGGUCUCCCUCACCCCGCACGACGACUACGAUAAAUGGGCGAUCACGAUCAUGGUCAAGUUCCGUGACCACGAGAAGCUGCAGCAGCUGACAGUGCACCGCCAGUCUGGAGGCGAACGCUCUUUGACGACUAUCCUGUACUUGAUGAGUUUGACCGAGCACGCUCGCGCGCCAUUCGCCCUCGUCGACGAGAUCAACCAGGGCAUGGACCAGCGCGCCGAGCGCUGCGUGCACAACGAGCUCGUCGCCACGACCUGCGACGCCGACGACGCCGGGCAGUACUUCUUGAUCACGCCGAAGCUACUCCCCGACCUCAUGUACCACAAGCGCAUGAAGGUGUUGUGCGUUAACAACGGGGAGUGGUUGCCUGAGCAGCGCGAGCUCGGCGAUCUCAAGUCUAUGCUUCGCACGUUCGUCAACAAGCGCGGCGGUGCGGGACCUAGCGCUGCUUGA